CAAGUUAAGAAUCCAUAUUACGAUCAAAUAUCAGACUUAAGAUCGAAAUAGGCCAAUGAAAAUCGGUUGUCCUACAAUACGACGAAGAAUCACGUCUUUUCUCCCACCAUUGAUUCUGCCAUUGGUGCGUUGAGGAAGGAAGAGAGGGGACUGUUCAUCAAUUGCUCAAUAAAACGAAUCUCUCUCCGCGACAAAGGCUAUAUAUGCAUUGCUGAAAGAUCUCAUAUGAACAACGGAUUAUGUUACAUUUUAUCGAAAAAUUAAUUGCUUAAUAGGGUUCAAUGACCUUAUAAAUGAAAAGUGUACCAUAUAUAUAUAAUGGUAAUAACGUAUAAUGACUAUAUGAAACAGUUAUGCAAAAUGCUAUCUGAUAAACAUAUGAUAUAAAAUGAUAAUGACUGAAAAUAUGAUCAGAAAGCAAUAAAGUGUGUGAAUACAGUGACUAAAAAUACAUGGAUACGACAUCACGUGAUGGAAAAAAAAGAGUGAAAUUAUUAAAAAAUUAACAAUGCAUUUUUUAUAAUUCUUCCAGAUAGAUAUAAAUAAAAAUGGCGAAUUUUUUUGCGAAUAAUCACUAAAAUGCGAUUAAUCCGUGCUGGUUAAAAACGAAGUUUUCGUUACUGCGCAGCAAAUCGUGACAUCACAAGCGCAUUUUGUGCAGCAUUUUCCGAUGCUUCGUGUACAUUCGGCCAUCUUCGGAACGAAUCUCGGGGCCUAAGUAUAAUGUAUUCCACGCUCGAUUCACAAACCUGUCGAUGACACCGAGACCAGUUCGCGCGGUUUCUUUAAUUCGUAUUUGUGUUUGAAAAUACUGGUGAUACGUAGAGCAAUGGGAUAACGAUGUUCACGAAUCGUUCGGUAACCGUUUUAUUGUCGAUCGAAGUGUCGCUGUUCGUUUCGUAGCGCCUUUUUGGUGUUGAAUAAAUGAUUCAAUGAAGCGUAACCAGCUUGUGUAUUCUCGGUUUUCAUAACCUUUAAUGCCAACACGAAACGAUUUGCCCUUUUUUAAACGGCAUGAUUUUGAAGUGAUUUUUACUGUACUUGUAAUGGAGAAAGCACAAACUGGAAUAGCGCAUAAUUCAGAAUCUAGUUCCACAAUCUCUUGUAUCGAUAGAAUCAAUAUUGAACUAUCAAAUGAAAUUACUAUUGAUACUAUUGACAAUGAACUAUCAAAAGAGAGGGAAGAAGAGCUAUUAUUUGGUGCAGAAGAAGAAGGAGAGGAUGAAGAUGUACUGUCUGAUGAUAGCUUGCGCUUAAGAUUAUCUGAUGAUGAGGAUAUGGAACAAGAAGAUAAUACAACAAACUCUACGAAUAUUACAGAAUUUAAAUUGCAGAAUAGAAAAACUGAAUCUGUAGAUAUAAUCACAGAAAAAGAAUUAUGCUCUGACAUACAACAGAUUGUCGAAGAAGUUGACAAGCCUGAUAAUGGAAAAUUGGAGCAGAAGCAUAACUCAGCAAUAAAGGCUUCCCAAAAUUCAGCAUUAUCCUUAGGUGAUACAUCAGAAAACAAACGAAUACAAGAUAAUAUAUGUAAUUCUGAAAAUAGCAGUAUGACUGUUAGUGCAUCCAAUGAAAAGUGUACUUUCAAGUCUAAUAAAGAUUUAAAAAUUACUGUCGCAAGCAUUGAAUGUUCAAAUUCAGCAUCUGAACAGUAUAUAGCAUUAGGAACUGAUAAUUUAUCUACAAAAAAUUAUAUACAAAUAAAUAAUCUUCAAAAUGCAGAACCAAUAACUCACAGUAAUGAUAAUUUAAAAGAGACAGGCAGUGAUCAUAAAGAAAUAAAUACCACAAAUACUUGUGAGCUAAAUAAAUUGGAUAAUGUAGACAGUAAUGGUCCUAUUAUAGAUUCCGCUAAAGUUCAGGUUUAUAAUAGUGAAAGAUUGUCUACACUUGCAAUUGUUUCUAACAGUAAUGAUGAUAAUUUAAGCGACAAAGUAGUAGAUAAGGUUUUUAAUGAUGAUAAUCAUCACUAUGUAAAAAGCCCAUUUGUCGAAAUUAAUAAUAGUCAAGAUAUAUCUAUUGGAUCUAUGGAUUCAACCAAAUCCGCUAUUUUUGAUGAUUCAUCACCUCCUAAAGAUUAUGUUGAACAUAAAAGUAAAAAUAGAAACUCAGAACACGAGGAUGCAAUACAAAACAAAAACGCAUCAGAGAUACAACCUGUGGAAAAAGAAACGAGUAUUUUAUUGGUACAAAAUCAAAAUAAUUUGCCCAGUGUAAAAGACGGUAAAGAAGUAACGAACGAAGAUCGUGAUAUUAAUAAACCUGUAAUGCAAAUUAUAAAUAAUAACUCUACAUUACAAAAGAUUUUAUUAGAAUCUGUUGAUGUAGAAAAUUCUAAUAACGAGAAUAAAAAUAUAAAUGCUGCAAAAAGAAAACGAUCAAAAAAAGCAAACAAUACAGUAGAAGAUUGUGUUGAAGAAGACAAGCAAGAAAAAAAGGAGAGCGGACGACAAAAGAGGAGAACGGCUAGAAAUGCAGAGGAGAUAAUCAGAAAAAAGUAUCUUAAUGUUAGUGAUAGCGAUUCUAGUGAUUCUAGUACAGAACAACUUGUAACAGUGAAUCACAAAUUGAAUCAGGAUGUACGUCCUGCGUCACCGCUUUCAUUAAAACGCAAUUGUUCGGACAAUGAGAUUUUUAAUGGUGUUAAGAAAGUGAAAAUGAGUACCAAGUCUGAGGAAAAGAAUGAUAUUACAAAAUUAGCUUUUGUUAAGAAAUUUUUCCAAAGGGAUAUCAAAGAAAAAUUACCGAAACUUACACAGGAGGAAUUGGAAGAACUCCUAAUUCAGAAGAUUGCCGAAACAAUCACGAUGCAUAGUGAAAUUGGACAACUCAGAGAGCAAGCUCGCAUAUCGGAGAAAUAUCAGGAAGUAAUGCGUACAAAACUACAGCAAUUAACAAAGCAAGUGAGAGAUUUUGAAGAGGUUGUGAAGCGUAACACAAAAGACCGUCGUGCGAAUCCUGACAAGUCUAUCGCACCUAUAAAAAUAAAUAGAUCCGUAGGCUUACAAGUCAAUUUCAUAACGGAACAUGGAUUACAGAGUUUACGGCAGGUACAACAAACUUCGCAUGUUAAACCUGCAAACGCUCCGAGCAAUGUUAGUUCCUCAGCAGCUGAGUCAAAUAAUAAUGCAACAAGACGCAGUGGAAUCAAAACAAGAUCGCCCCGACCUGUAGUGACUACAUCAACUCCUACAAUUGCACAGAGCCCGAUACAAACGGCACCUCUUAUUCCUGUGACACCGGCGGCUUUAGUUGUUGCUAAACCUUUGGAAUCCUCUCAUACGCUAACAUUGUCUAGCCAAUCUACCGGCAUUCAGCCUAUUUUAUCUGCUCCACAACAACAGAUUCAGCCACAACCACAACAAGCUAUUGUUUUAAAUGGUAAAAUACAAAAUCAAAUAAAUCGUCCAACAGUGAUAACUUCAAAGUCAAAAAAUAGCGAUCUUAUUGAUCUUACAGAUGAAGAAGAAAAGAAUAAAUCAGCAAACAUAAAAGUUACGGCUAUAACUACAACCUCUAUGUUAGAGCAACAAAUGAAUACGCCGAAAUAUACACAAUCCUUUCAAAGGGUAAUACAAACAAUACCAGCAAAUGUAGCAAUUACGACGCAACCGGCUAGUAUAAAAGUGAUAACACCUAACCAGCCACCAACAACUGCCCUUGUAAAUAAUAUGAAUUCGCCCAGGCUGGCGUAUGUGAUGCAAAGUAGUGCAGGUACACCAAGACAAGUUCUAAUAACAUCAAAUACUACUAAUCAGCAAGUACAGAUCCGACCAGUGACGACAUGCAGACCACCUUUUUCAACUGUUACUUAUAAGACAGGUAAUCAAAAUAAUUUUAUUGCUAUUUUACUUCAGCAUCCUGCACCAUUGCCGGAUACUCCAAGCUACACAAUGACACCUGGCUGGAAACUUCCACCGCCAGCUCCAUCGUUAAAGAUUUCAAAAGUCUCAAAUGGUAUAGUAUUAUCUUGGAACAUGAAUCUGUCAGAUAAAUAUGCGGAUAUUGCUAGUUACCAAUUGUACGCAUACCAAGAAAUUACUGGUGUAAAUCCUAAUACAUCGUUGUGGAAAAAAGUGGGAGAUGUGCGGGCGCUGCCAUUACCUAUGGCGUGUACCUUGACUCAGUUUUCUGAGGGUAACAAUUAUUAUUUUGCGGUCAGGGCGGUCGAUACACAUUCUAGAAAAGGACAGUAUAGUAUACCUGGUAAUAUCUCUCUGUAAAGGAAAAAAGAUGUGUUAAGUCUUGUGAUCUCCAAUUCUGAUCCAUUAUUUUUUACUUCUGCGUUCAAUGCGUAAUUGUGAUACAAAUAGUCUGUAGACCAUCUCACAAUAACAUGGCAUAUUACACCAGCUCUAAUUCGGCAGUAAUUCGAUUAAUAUCUAUUUUGGAUUCUUGAAUUUGAAUUAAAUAAUUGCUCCCAUUGAUAUUACUCCUGUAAAUGCUUCCAAUAUUACACAUGUAUAAUGUAUACAUAAUAUUCCUAACUUCAUAAUAGAUAUCUGAUUCUUUUCAUAUAUUAAAAUACUAGGAUUGAUGUUACAUCUAUAUAUAAUAAUUUUUUUGUUGUUCAUUUAUAACAUGAAUUCACGGAAUUAUUUUAAUAUCUAUGCUUUUUAAUUACCAUUACAGGAAAUCUAGUCAAAAAAUUUCAUGCAACUUCAUGAUUAUAUGUAAUAUUACUUGAAGACUGCAAAAGAAUGUGUUAUCAUUAAAGUCUGGUUGAGAGUUGGAACAUGAUAAGCACCAAUAAACACUAAGUGAAAGAUAAUGACAAAACGGAGCUAAUUGUAGUACAAAAUGAAGAAUAUUUUUGGAUAUUAACUAUUUUGCAAUAUUUUUUUGGCAACAUAGUCUAUGGACUAUCACAUCUUACUUUCUUAUGAAAUAAUAACAGUUAUGUAAUGAUCAAUAUACAUUCUUUACUUUGUACUAAAAUUGCCUUACUCUCAGUCAUUGUUUUCCGCUCAGCAUUCAAUAAUAUUUAGUGCCAACUAUCAAGUGGUAUACCGCGUUUAGCUUCCAGUCAAGUUUUAGCUAUUUUUAUUAACAUAAGAUUGAAAAUUUUUUCACAUUGUUUUUUUAAAACAUGAAUAAGAGGUACUAACUAAAUUUAAUUAUUAUUUAACUUUCGUUCAUUCUAUGAUGAUAUACUUUUCAAGCUGGUACUUUCCAGUAAUAAAUUCAGAAUAAUUGACUGUUAUUUGUUAUUCUGAGAAAAAAAGAAUGAUAUAAGUUGCUCAAUUUUUAUACAAUUAAAUUUGUAUGUGUAUUAUAAUGCUAAUAUGCAUCAUAGGGAAAAAUAUCUUUUAAUAAACGAGUUAUGUUAAUCAUUCAUAUGUAAAUAUAUCAAAGUGUAUAUGUACUAUUAUUAAUUAUAAGUAGAUUAUACAAGUGUAUUUGUACAUGAUAUAGAUUAAAUUUAAAUUAAUGAACUUCAUCUCUCUGUCCCAUGAUAAAAUAAAUAGUAAAAUUAAUCUUUUUUGUAUUUAUAUGAAGAAUAAACUGUUCAACUAA